CUGGGCGGGGCAACCGCCGGGCGGGCGCCGAGCGGGACCACACACUGGAGAGGUGCUUUCGGUGCCGGUUCCCAGCGAUGCCGAGGCCAGAUCCGGACGCCUCGCCUCUGUGAGUCGGUCUCAGCGCGAAGGCACAGAGGGAGGCCAUGGCGGAGCCCUCCGAGCCCGGGCGGCAGGCGUCCGCGGGCGGCGGGAGCCUGGAGGAGGAGGACGAGGAGGACGAGGAGCGGGAGCCGCUGCUGCCGCGGAUCGCCUGGGCCCAGCCGCGGAAGGGCGCUCCGGGGGGCGCCGUGAGGCUGGAGAAGGCUGCCGGGGAGGAGGGCGCGGCCUCCCCUAACCAGGCCAGUGACCGGGAACUGCUGCUCCUGCCCAGGGAUGCGUCUUUCUCUUCUUCCCUGAGUUUGGAGCGCCUGCGGAGCUCGCCCACCAACCUGGACCGGAACCGCCCCGUGGGUUCAGAGUUGAAUACAUUCUUGGAUGAUCCAGAAUUUGCUGAUGUUAUAUUGAAAGCAGAGCAAGCAAUAGAAUUUGGAGUUUAUCCAGAAAGAAUCUCUCAAGGUUCAAGUGGAAGUUACUUUGUGAAGGAUCCUAAGAGGAACAUUAUUGGUGUGUUUAAACCCAAAUCGGAAGAGCCUUAUGGUCACCUGAAUCCAAAAUGGACCAAAUAUGUUCAUAAGGUCUGCUGCCCUUGCUGCUUUGGCAGAGGCUGCCUGCUUCCUAAUCAGGGAUACCUUUCCGAAGCUGGUGCCUCCCUUGUGGAUGAAAAGCUUCAUCUGGGCAUUGUACCAAAAACAAGGGUGGUUUGGCUUGUCAGUGAGACAUUUAACUACAGUGCAAUUGACCGUGCAAAAUCUAGAGGCAAAAAGUAUGCUUUAGAGAAAGUGCCAAAAGUAGGUAGAAAAUUUCAUCGGAUAGGACUUCCUCCUAAGAUUGGUUCCUUUCAGUUAUUUGUUGAAGGUUACAAGGAGGCUGAAUAUUGGCUUAGGAAAUUUGAAGCUGACCCUUUGCCGGAGAAUAUUAGAAAACAAUUUCAGUCACAGUUUGAAAGAUUAGUUAUUUUGGAUUACCUCAUCAGAAAUACAGAUAGGGGAAAUGAUAACUGGUUAAUCAGAUGUGAAAACCAGAAACAAGAAGAUGAAAUUACGGAAACAAAACGGACUGAUUAUAAAGAAACGCUUAUUAAAAUAGCUGCAAUUGAUAAUGGUCUAGCAUUUCCUUUUAAACAUCCUGAUGAGUGGAGAGCAUAUCCAUUUCACUGGGCUUGGCUUCCUCAAGCAAAAGUUCCUUUUUCUGAAGAAAUAAGAAACUUGGUUCUACCAUAUAUUUCUGACAUGAACUUUGUGCAAGAUUUAUGUGAAGAUCUUUAUGAACUUUUUAAGACUGACAGAAGAUUCGACAAAGCCACUUUUGAAAGGCAGAUGUCUGUGAUGAGGGGUCAGAUCUUAAAUCUUUCUCAGGCAUUGAGAGACAGGAGGAGUCCUGUCCAGCUAGUACAGAUGCCUUGUGUGAUUGUGGAGCGCAGUCAAGGUGGAGGUCAGGGUCGGAUCGUCCACCUCAGCAAUUCAUUCACCCAGACUGUCCACUGCAGGAAGCCUUUUUUUUCCUCCUGGUAGCAGAUGUGAGAGAAAGAAACUGUUUGGCAUUAUUGUGUUGUUACAACAUUACCGCCCUGUAAACCUGCUGGUAAGAGCUCCAGUUGCCAAAACCUCAAAUAAUAUAAGUUUCUAAAAGGUUUUCUUUUGAAUGUAAUUGAAGUUUACAGUUUUUUGUCCAAAUAUUAAAUUUCUAUUUCAGGGAAGAGGUGAUAUAUCUCCUAUAUCGUAUUUUUGUAGAAAAAUUGUAUUUUAUGUUGUUGAUGUUAGUUUCAGAGGUAAUUUCAUAGUUUACACAUUCUGGAAUGACUAUAAUUACUCUAGAAUUCCAAACAGAAAAAUAAGGUGUUUGUUGACUUUGAAUACAAUAACUUUUUAUAUACUUUUUUAAUAUUGAGAAGAAUGGUCAUGUUAACUCUUCUUACAUUAUAAAAGGCCUUUGAGGAUGAAACUGCUCUUAUGAGCUUUAAUAGAGUAGUUAAUAGAAAAUAGUUAAGAAUAAAGCAAUGUUGCCUUAAUUUAAAAAGCUGCUAUUUUAGAACUUGAAUAAAUGCUCCUAAAGUGACCAUUAUUAGGGACCAGAAAAUUAUAUUUCAAGUUACCAAUGACUAUUUUCUUUUGUGUACUUCAGAAUAUUUUUGGCCAAUUAUUUUGUUAUAGUGAGGGGAAAAAAAAUCUAAUGCUAUCUCCCCCUUUAAAAAAAUGGAAACACUCAACUGAGACUUGAGGGGAAUAAUAUGAAAUUAAGAUAGAUCCCCAGUAUUUUGAAAUUCCAGAAUAACAUUAAAAAUUCCCUCUGUUUCUUGCAUGGGAUCAAUACUUAAUCAGUUAGUACCUCAGAGUACUGAUCUCGUUCAAUUUAGUACUUCAAUUAGUAUUAAACUUCACUGAAAGGUAAACCAUAACUCAAACUGUAUACUGGGUUGCAUUUUCAGGUCCUAGGACAUAACCUCUUAAAAAUAAUAGUAGUGUGUAGGGUACUUGAAAUUACUGAUGUUAUUAUAAUUACAGUCAACUUUAGAAUACUAGUCCCAAUUAAAGGGGGACGUAACAGAGAUAACCAUUAAGUCAUUUUUAUUUGAUUUUGAAUAUCAGUAUUUCUGGCAUCCUGGGAAUUUGUAGUACUUUUAACUUACCAAGUGAUUGAAAUUGAGAUGAGCCCGAUACGAAGAUUUGAUCCCAAAGAAGCAGGAGCUUCAUUCUCUUCUUAGGCUCCAAACAAAUAACAUCACCACUCAGACUAAACUGGGCAGUUUGUGGUCUUGGCCUUUUGUUGUUAAGCUUUCUGUCCUGUAAUUUUUUAAAUUAAGUUAUUUUUAUGUAAAAAGUAUUUCCUGAAGGUUGAAUUAGGAUGGAAGUCAGAUCUGCCGUUCUCCCUUCCUUCACAUCUUUCUCUUGGUCUUCGUGGAUGUGAUGAGUGAGGAUACUGCUGUCCUAGUGGAAGUCCAUUGGAAACCUGUGUUCUCCUACCUCCUCUGACCCUCCAUGAUCUUAAUGUUGAGAUAAUGGAAAAUUGACUGGAAAUUCAAAACUCAAGCUAAUAUCUUUAGAUAAAUACCAGUAAUUAAAAUGUGCCUUUUGAAGAUGUGUUCUUAAUGAAAUAAGUUGUUGUGAUGUGGGUACUGCUUUCAUAAAACAGGUUUUUCAGUAUUUUGAGAAUUUCUAUAUUAAUUUUAAAAAUGGAAACUUAGUAAGUUGCUACUGUUUUAUACCCUAAAAUUAAAAUAGUGUGGAAAUAUUUUUAAAUGGUCUGACCAGGCCAGAAAAGUAGAGUUGAAAUAUUUAAGAUAUGAUUACAAGUCAGUACAUUGGUUUUAUUUUAUAAAUUUUCAUGAACUUCAUUUUUAUUUAAAUAUUGUGUUAAUAUUUUCAGUGAGUAUAUUUAUAGUGUCAAACAUGGUAGACGAAAGGUAAUAAAAAUCACUGUCUUAAGACUAGAUUUCUCCUGAAGUAUGUAUAUUGAAUAUUUAGAAUGUUUGUAAAUACAUUUAUGUUUAUAAAUGAUGCCAAACCACCAUUUUCUUACUGCAUAUAUUAGUAGUAUAGUUUAAUACUUUAUCAUUCCAAAAGACAUAAUUAACUGGAAUCUUUAUAAUUAGAGACAUUUUCAUUUUUAUUUGAAUAUAAGCUGCCUUACUCUCCCCCAAAUUUGUCAGCAGUUGAAGACUACGGAAACAUGUUUUUUGCAGUCUUGAAAACGAUUUGAUUCACAAAAUUUUUUUUUUUAAGUUUUUUACUAAUGGAAUUAAAACCUUAUGAAAAACAAUGGUGACCAGUUCUUUGAUCAGAUUACAUCUUAAAUCCUUUUACAGAUAUAUGAAGAGACAGGCAGCAUCUUAUGUUUUAUAGUCUGCCUUCUUUCCCAAAGUUGCCUGGGCAGCUGUACAGAGUAGUGGCAGAGAUCCUCAGUGUGGCUUUGUCUCCAGGCCUCUCUCAUGGUGAGUUUGGAGCCAUGUAACCGAGUUCUGGUCAGUAAGAUGUGCGGAUGAGGGAUAUAUGGGGCUUCCAGACCUGGCAGUAAAACUCACUGCGUCACAACCAGUGGUCACCGUUGACCACUCUCUUGCCUUCCCGUUUGGCUAUAAACAAAGAAUUUGCAAAGUGGAAGCAGCCAGGGCAUGUGAGUCACUGCUUGGAAACCUAC